UUAGUACUGUUGAUCAUGAUAAAAUCAUGAAAAUGCUUUUACCCUCCAAGAAAACUGUUGAGGAAACGAGUGAUGCUAAUGAUCAAAUUGACAACAAUACAACUCUAAUGAUUCGUAAUAUUCCCAGCAAGUAUACUAGGCAAAUGUUGACGAACCUGCUGGAAGAUCAUUGUAAAGAGGCAAAUGAAAUGAGAGCAACAGAUCAAUCGGAAGAGUUGUCUGCCUUUGAUUUCUUAUACCUCCCAAUAGAUUUUGAGAGAGGGUUUAACAGGGGCUAUGCCUUUGUUAAUAUGACAAACUCUACUGGUGCUAAGAGAUUACGCCUUUUCUUGAACAACUACAAGUGGGGAGUAUUUCAAUCAAAAAAGAUUUGUCAAGUCACAGACGCAAAAUAUCAGGGAAAGGAAGCAUUGGUAACACAUUUCCUGAGUAGCUAUUUUGAGUGUGAAUCGGAUGAACUGUUACCACGGUGUUUCAGUCCUUACCGUGAUGGAUCUGGUGGAUUGGUAGAAGAAUCCACAGUUGGGAGGUUUUGUGGCCAACGACAUCCAUCAAAAUGAUAAUUGAUGGUACAAGGCUAUAA